CCGCGGGUGGGCGGUCAGUCGGUCAGCGCGCAGCCGGCCAGCGGUGCCCGCGCAAGCCCGGAGCCCGGCUGGCGGGCGCGGACCCAGGGCGGGAAGAUGCCGCGCGUAGUGCCCGACCAGAGAAGCAAGUUCGAGAACGAGGAGUUUUUCAGGAAGCUGAGCCGCGAGUGUGAGAUUAAGUACACGGGCUUCAGGGACCGGCCCCAUGAGGAGCGGCAGAUGCGCUUCCAGAACGCCUGUCGCGACGGCCGCUCCGAGAUCGCUUUUGUGGCCACAGGAACCAAUCUGUCUCUCCAGUUUUUUCCGGCCAGCUGGCAGGGAGAACAGCGACAAACACCUAGCCGGGAGUAUGUCGACUUAGAAAGAGAAGCAGGCAAGGUGUAUUUAAAGGCUCCCAUGAUUCUGAAUGGAGUCUGUGUUAUCUGGAAAGGCUGGAUUGAUCUCCAGAGACUGGAUGGUAUGGGCUGCCUGGAAUUUGAUGAAGAGCGAGCCCAGCAAGAGGAUGCAUUAGCACAACAGGCCUUUGAAGAGGCUCGGAGAAGGACUCGUGAAUUUGAAGAUAGAGACAGGUCUCACCGGGAGGAAAUGGAGGCAAGAAGACAACAAGACCCUAGUCCUGGUUCCAAUUUAGGUGGUAGUGAUGAUCUCAAACUUCGUUAAUAGUAGCACAGCAAAUGUGCCGCCCAUCUUUACAUACACUUGCUUCUAGCUGGCAGGAAUAAUUCAUUAUAAGACCAGAAACUGUGAUAACUGGAGGUACUACCAUCUGUUUCUUAACCUAAGGCAGUAAAAGACAUCACAAACUGCCAUGGUUUGCACUAUGAGUAUAAUACCUGCGUUCCUAUUUUUUUACAGCAUGUAGCCAGUAAUAAUUUGAAAUUUUUUUCUAUGCAAGCUUACCUUGUUGGCAUUAUUUUAGUUGAGUUGAAACUAUCUACUUGUAAAGCUUUUUUUCCCUCCAUUUUAAUUUAAAAGUUCAUGUCAUUUAAAAACAAGAGAUUAAAAUUUAUAUCAGAGGAUUUUCUUUAAUCAGUUGCUCUAAAUUUUUUUAUACUUUAGAUUUGUUGGCUAUUCAGCUUGUUUUUAGAUAAGCAUUCCUGGUUUGGUUUUGUUUUCCUCCUUUUCCUUUUGUGUUUUUAUAGUCUACAGCAUUUAAAACUGUUGAUGUGUUUGCAUUAUUUACAAACUAAACCUAGUAGCAUAGAGCUGUCUGCCACAGCCUUCUCAGAGUUUACAGUGGUUAAAGUUGCAGUAUCCUUUUUAAAUGCUAAUAAUCAGUACCCUUUCUUUCCUUUUAAAUAUAAAAUUUUUAAAUUGGUGUUAACUGUAACCUGUCCCAAAUGUUUUAGAUUCUGUUCUGUAAUCAUGAGUUUCGGUGGAGAUAUUCUCCAUAAACGAUAAUAUUCUACUGAAAUGCCUAAAGAAGUCACAGGCUGGCUUCUGUUUUAUUCAGGGAUUUUUUUAAAAGUCAGUUGGAAAAGGGAUACUGGAGCUUCUUCAUGUGUAUAACAGCUUAUUAAACUGGAGACAGUGAUGAAUCAGCUACAAAGGUGACAUUGUAUUAAAAUCAUGUUUAAGAUAGCUGCUUUGAUGUGUAUUUUAUAUUGCAUGCUUUUGUAAAAACAGUACUGGGUGAUGAAAGAUUAGUCUUAGAGAGAAAAUGUUCGUCUGUGCAGAGGAUACAUUUUCUUCCAUUAACUAUUCUUGGAAAAACAUUCACAAGUAUAUAUGGUAUUUUGAAAAAGGACUAUUAAUAUAGCACCUUUUGAGAUGAAUUAAUGUGGGGAUAUUUUUUAAAUAGGCUUAUUGUCAAAUUGAGUGCAACUUUGUUUUUUGUUUGUUUGUUUUUUAAUACAAGACUGGAAAAAAGUGCUAAAGCAUUUCGCACAUCAUUACCAAUACUUUACAUGGUCAUACUCAUUAAAUGUUACUAUAUUUCUGAAUUUUUGCAAAAAUGUAUUUUAUCAUAAUAGAAUGGCAUUAUUUUAAAUAGUUCAGAAAACUGACAGUUAAUUCAGAAAAUGAAGUCUGAAUAAGGUCAUUGCAUUUAAAAAGCAUAUAAAUAUACUUGAUUGAUGAAGGAGAUGUGACUUUCAUUGUAUAUAAUUCAUAAGCAGAUAUCCUGUAUCUCAGAAUAAAAAUAUUUGUUUAUAUAUUUGAAGUCAUGCAUGGUAAGGAGUGUGUUUAAAUUGUUAUAAACAUUAAUGCAUCAGAAAAGACCAUGCCAAUCUUGUGUAACUAAGUACUAUGAAUGAAUUUGGUUGGUAUUUGUUGUUCAACUCACAUGUUUACACACUCAGUGCCCUGAUUUCCUCUGAGGGAAUCACCUUUCAAGUGAUCCUUACAGUGGUGUUUUAAGGUUACUUUAAUCACAGAGCUCCUUGGUUUUUGACUUCUGCACUUAAUUUUUUUAAUAACAUGAUGGUACAUUUUUCUCUAUUGCUUCUUGCUAAGGGCUUUCAGUCCACCAGUAAAUAAGGUCAAAUGUUACAAGUGUCCCUGUUGCCAUCCUUCUGUAAAUACCAAAUUUUUCCUGACAUUUAGCACUGUAUUGCUUCUGUCUGUCUUAAUGCUGGCAUUAAGAUCAUAAGCCCUUUUUUCUCCAGUAGUGAAGGCUUUGAAAACUACUUUUUUAAGUUAUUGAUGCAAUUUGAUAUUUUUUCAUAAUCUGUAUUUAAACAAAAUUACAUCAUUGCAUCAUCUUUUCUAAAUUCAUCUCCAUUAAAACUUGCCUUAAGCUACCCAAUUGCUUUGCCACCAUUAGCCAUACUGUGUGUUUGUAUGUUUAAUUUACUUUCACAAUAAACUUCUAUGUAGUGAAAACA